CUCUGCAAGGAGGCUGAGAUGGAAACAGGAUGAACCUGGCGAGGAGUUGUUUCACAGGAAAGUGGCUCUGGGGUGUCGUUACCCACUGGCAUCAAUACCAGAACUGACUAUUUUGGGGAAGGAGGUAAAGAUACUUCCAAUUUUUUUGCCGAUGUCUGAGGAUUAUGGACCCUGGCUUUAACGGUUUGGUUAGCUGCCUACUAAUUUCCUGCCUCUCUGCCACAUCUAGCGCAUUUUAUUAUUACUAUCAUUAUUAUUAUUAUUAUUAAUAUUAUACUACCCAUAUAUCCAUAUUCUCUCAAGAUGUUCAACUAGGCUUUCCCACUGACGUAGAAGAUGUUUUUGUGGCGACGUGCUUCGCCUCAGUUGGACGCAGGUGCGUUUAGAUUCACAAACCUGUGGCAGGGCGCUUGUCAAACACUACGCUACGAUAUUCGGAUAGCCGUAAUAAUUCGCGUUUCCCCCCAUUGCGCAUGCCCCGUGUGAGAACCAGAAUGCUACCCCGACGCCACUCCGCUUCGUCCUGGCCGCGAAGUAGCAGCAGCAGCAGCGGAAAGUGGAGAGGAGCGGAGGACUGAGUGAGGGAGGGAAAAGAUGCGCUGGCAAAAGUGGCUUCACCAAAGGAUUUGACCCGAGAUCCUUCGCGAAAUAGACAACAGUGCCACGAAGUGAAGAAUGUCAGGGGCACCACAUGUGGAGGCUGAAGGAGUAGUCUCCAAAGUAAAAGUGAAAAAGGAGAUCAAGACAAUCGUGGAGAAUUUGGAAACCAUCCUGGGGGACCUUAAGGAUGUGGCAAAGGAGCUUAAAGAGGUUGUUCAUGACAUUGACACCCUGACCAGUGACCUGCAGUUGGAGGAGGACGGACUGACCGACAGCUCGAAGACCGACACGCUCAACUCUAGCUCGAGCUCCACCACCACAACUACAACUGCAUCCAGCCUGGAGAAGAUGAAGAUCUUUCCCGAUGACUGCAUAUUUAAAACCCAGGUGCCCAUGAGUCCGGUACCUGUCCAUCAACCUGCAGUUCUGACAGUGCUCAAGAAAGCACACCCUCCUCUGCCACCGCCAAGACAUGCCACGCUGAGAGCAGAGGAACACAACAUCAAGAAUCUGCCUCAUCCGACUUUGGUCUUAUCAGGGAAUAUAUCCAAGGCUAACGGGUCUUUGUUGAGGAACGGUGGGGUUUUCCCACUGAAACCAAACAAGGAUUUAUUCUCCUCCACUCCGUGCUUCAUUUCAGGCGAGAAUGAGAUACAGGAAUCAGGUCUGGUUCCUACGUUGCCCAGGCCAAUGCCGCUUCUCCGGCAUGAGAAAAGUAAAUGCCCCAAGGCCUCUGGCAGGGAGCACCGCGAGAAAGAGCGGGUCCGUUUCAGCGAGAAGGUCCAGUAUCACGGGUACUGCCCCGACUGUGAUCUUCAGUAUGAUGUAGACGACACAGAGAUCCACUUACAGACCGAGCUGAGCGACUUGCGGCUCAGCCCGGUGCACUGCUGCUCUUCCUCCCCUCCUCUUCUGUCUCAAGCUCUCCCUCAUCCACUGAUGUUGGAAAAUGGAGGGCUCUCAGUCAGCCACAGUUUCCCUCCAACGACACACACUCCUCCACCUUGUGUGCCUCCUCACACACCUUCCCUAAAACCCCAUAAAACAAUCCUACGCAAAUCAACAACCACCACGGUUUGACCCCCAUUAGGUCUCAACUUCCACAUUGUUGAAAAAAAUUUCCAGUGUUUUCUACUCCAGCUGAACUUUGGAUUAUCCAAACAAUGAGAGAAGGUUUGGAGACAGAAAACAAAAAAGGUGGACAAAGUGAAAAGCAAUGGCAAGAAGGGCAUCAGGCACGGGUGCUGGAAUGUAAAAACAGCAAGAUCAGGGAGGACCCAUUGAGAUCCUUGAGCUCUGAGAGGAGUGGAUGCUGGCUUCACACACUAAUCGACCUCAGUUGAUCAGGGAGGAAGGAGCCAAAGCUGAUCCCAAACAUCAGCCUUCUAGCACUUGAAAGUGCUAAUGGCUCUGAACUGAUGGGAGACAAUAUCCUCUUCUGAGCAUGAAACAACCUUCAGGCUGCAGCUGUGCAGGUGGAAAAAAACAUUACUAUCAAAAACAAGAGGCCAGAAGGCCCGCCGCUGCUAAUCAUAUGUUUGUCCAUAAAAACGGCUGAAUUAAAGGUCACCGUAUCCCAGUUAUCGAAAAUAAUGAGGUGAAUUUGGAUGAAGCCGUACAAGAUAUGGGUUGAAAUGAUGUCAAUAGGUGUUUGAUUAAUGCCCACACAGACUUUUGCUCUGUGCACAGUCAAAAGGAAAUCAAUAGCUCCACUCAACCGAUGGAAUUUGCCUUUUAAGAAUUGUAAUUGUGCGCGGAUUGCCCGACAGGCCCGCCUUGUGAGAAAAAAGCGUCUCUGCUGGACUGCAGAUGUGGGGGAAAAUAGUGUUAUGUCAGUAUGUGCCAAAUCACAACCAUGGACUGUUUCUGUUGUGACCAAUGUUUGGAAAUGAGUAGCGUUUUGGUCACUGAUCUGUGUCCAGCCAUUUAACUUCAUUGUUUAUGUAUUGCUGAACCGGUGCCAGGCAUCCAUGCAUACUUCACAGUUAAAAAGCAGAGAGAUUCAGUCCGAUAUGGCAAAUUACAGCUUUAAAGAAUUGUUGAGGAAGUGAUAAUUUGCAUCAAAUUUUAUUUAUAUAUACAUGUUUGAUAUCUAUAUAUUUCAGGCAUUCUUUUCUACAGAGACGUUUAACAUUUAAAAAGAUGAUAUUUUUGAUAUUAAGUUGGAUGACAGAGGUUCAUAGACCAAUUACGACAUUCCCUCAUGUAGUACUUUUUCCAGAAGGGCAGAAGAAGAACAUACAGGAUUGUGUUUGUAUGGAUAAAAGAAACUUACUUUGUUAAUUGAAGGUCUGAGUUUUUUUUUAAAGAAAAGAAAGUAAAAUGGAGAAGAAAAGUGUCAUAAACCAAAUAAUUGUUGUGUUUUAUCAGAACGGAGAUCAGGUAUAGGUGAAUGAAUGAAUGCAUGACUGACCCCUCAUUCUGUCCUGCCAUCACUGUGUUUUUCUAUGCAUUCCUAUAGAGGAGAUGCCUGUGGAUGAGUCCGACACACAGCUCAUUUUCGCUAUAAUGUUUAAGAGAUAUUCUUCAUUUCUUCUUAACGUCAGGUUCAUUUCUCAGUCUUUAAAAUAAAAAUCUGAUUGUACUCAAUGUAGCCUUUACUAAUGAGUCAUUAGUAAUUACAAAACAACACAGCACCUUGCAAAAGUUUUCAAAGUCCUUUUUCACAUUUUGUGGAAGGAAAAUUAGAUAAAAUUUAGUAAAAAGUAAAACAUUUGGAAAGUCUGGUGUGCAUUGGUACUCGACCCCUCUGAGUUAAUACUAGAAUACCAGUAGAACCAUCUUUUGCUCCAAUCACAGCUGCAAGGUGUUUGUCUGUACAAUCUUUGUACAUCUAGAGACUUACGUUUUGCCCAUUAUUCUUUGCACAACAGCUAAAGCUUAGUCAGUUAGGACGGAGAGCAUCUGUGAAAAGCAAUUCACAAGACUUUGCCCAGAUUUUCAAUUUAAUGUAGGUCUGCACAUUGACUGGGCUAUUCUAACACACGAAUGCGCUUUUUAAAGGUUUUUUUGGCACUAGUGGCCUUUAUUGACAGUUACUUGACAGGAAAUGGGUAGAGAAAGAAGGGGGAAGACAUGCAGCAAAGGUCUCAAGACAAGGAAAAUGAAACGGGACUUCUUACGGCUUUCUUUUUACCACUCUUUCACAAUGGUCAGAUUAUGUUUGCAGUGCUUGACUAACAGGUGUCCUUUCAACAGGUUCAUCUGAGCCGUGGCUCUCUGCAGCUCUUUCAGAAUUACCAUGAACCUCUAAAUGACAGGGAGGUUAACU